CGGAGCAUACUUUCGACAGCUGCAGAUUACAGAGAAGAGGAUGGGCUCUUUGGAGAUGAUGAAGAAGAAGAAGCUCAAUUGGGUGUUCCUAAACAGUUUUAUUAUGAUGAAUAUGAUGAUCCUUAUGAUAUUUUGAAGAUGAUGAUGAACUAUGUCGACAAUGAUGCUGGUACAUGUCUUCAUCUUGCUACUAAGCUCAGCUAUGCAGAUGCAGUAAGGGCUUUGUUAGCAGCUGGAUCUGAUCCAACCAUUCCAAACAAGGAAGGAGCAACAUCAUUUGAUUACUGUACAGACAAGUCAAUCUUGGGAGUUUAUAAUGAGGAACUACUCCAGGCUACUGCAAACUCAAAUACUCCCAGGGUACGUAAAUUGCUGAAGGCAGGAGUCAGUGUGAAUGCCAGUGAUGGAGCAACAAGUGAUAACAAAGCACUCCAUUGGGCUGCCAGCUAUGGAAAUGCUGACAUCGUGAAACUUCUAUGUGAACAUGAAGCCAAUGUAAACAUCACUAACAAAGCUGGAGUAACUCCCCUUCACGACGCAGUCAACAGAGGAGAUUUAGAGAUUGUCAGAAUAUUACUGGAAUAUGGGGCAGCAACAGAUAUUAAGGCUAAAGAAGGACCAUGCAAAGGGAAAACAGCACUUAAUUUAGUUACUACCGUUGAAAUGCAAGAGUUACUAACAUCACCUGUCAUAAGGGAAGAAAAGCCUGUCACCAAUGGAGCUGCCACUCAGCAGGCCUUGGAUUCAGAAUCACUGCCGUCAGAGACCAGUACUCUACCACUGACACCAGCAAGUACUUCCUCUCUGCCAUCCACUCCUUUGUUCAAGUCUCAUGUACAGACACUCUCUGGAAUGACCCCACCAGCCAACAGUGAUACCCUUGAUCCCCUGUUCCGUCUUGUCUGGCCACACCCUCAAGUAACCACCCAAAUGAAGGGUCCAAGGUUUUUCCCCACAUCUGUCCUUCCAAUUCUGAUAUUUAGGGAGUUAAAAUCAGAUAACUUUCAAGAAAUUGUUGAGAUUUGGAACACAGUGGAAGAAAGUUUUCAGCAAGUUGGAUAUUCCUUGGACCUAAAGGUUGUGGGAGAGGCCUCCACAAGGAGAGGGAGUGUUGCAAGUAGCAUAGAGUGUCAUGUGUGUCCUCAUUCAUUCAACAAGUCAGAGAGCUAUAGGAUAACUAUUUCAACUGUUAAGGUUGUUAUAGCUGCGAGUGAUCUCCCAGGGUUGUGGUAUGCUGUAAACACUUUACUUCAGAUAUUUCGACUUUUCCAUGGAAAUGGGAUACCACAAGCGCAGAUCAACGACUGGCCAGACUUGAAAUUCAGGGGAGUGUUAUGGGAUGUUUCAACAGGGCGUGUUCCAACAUUAGAAACAGUGUUUUCCCUUAUCGACAUUUUGUCGGCCAUGAAAAUCAACCAGCUACAAUUAUACAUGCAGAACACAUUUUCCUUUGCUGGACACGAGACAGUUUGGCGGAACAACACGGCUUAUGACGCAAGUGAUAUCAUCAAAAUAGACAGUUACUGUAAAAGAAGAUACAUUGAGCUUGUGCCGCAUGUUGACAGUUUAUCUGGGUUCAGUCAGUGGCUGAAGUUCAAAAUGUAUAAACAUCUAGCAGAGGAAGAGGUUGAUUUCGAUCCUCGCCAACAAAGACUGCCAUCCAGUCUCUGUCCAACAAACGAUGAGAGCAUAACUAUGGUUCUUGGUCUUCAUGCGCAAACUUUCGCAUGUUUUUCAUCCACAAGGUUUGCUCACGUCGGCUUGGACUUGGCACCAGAAUUUGGAAAAGGAAAAUCGCACGUUAUAGCACAGGCAAAAGGAGUGGACGAAGUUUACAUGGGUCAUCUCCGAUCCAUGCACAGAUCUUGUUGUAGACACGGUCGGACCUUGCAGUUUUGGGCCAACGCCCUCCACGAUGACCCAGAGCAGCUAUGGAAUCUUCCUCCAGGGGUGAUAGCUAUGGAAUAUGGGCACACGGUUGAUCACGACUUUUUUAAAUAUUGCAAAUCACUAGCCGAUGCUGGUAUUAGCUUUUUUGUCUGCCCAGGAACCGGAUCAUGGAACAGUGUUUGUGGAAACACGGACGAGAGUAUAGCAGUGAUGAACAAUGCUGUUCAAGCAGCUGUUUCCUGCAACGCUUUAGGUAUCGUCAUCUGUGAUUGGUCGUUACCUGGUCACGUGAAUCCACUGAGUGUCAGCAUCCCAGCAUUCCUUGCGGGUGCAGGGUUAGCGUGGAAGGCCUCCUUAGAUUUGUCUACCAUGAAGUCCACUCUUCCUGAUGUCCUUAGUCACCACGUGUUCAUGGACUCAUCCGGGACAUUUGGCCGAGCACUAAUGGACCUAGGCACUACACAUUCCAAUUUAAUCAAAGAUGGUUCGCUGGAGUCACGUGUCCCAAGUGAUAACAGAAGGGUUCAUCCUGUUGCGCAAGGUCCGGGAAGUCAGCUGCUGUGGCGACUGCUGGAGACUGAAGGCUCGUGUAAUCUUGACAAAGUUACUUCGGACAGUCUACAGAGAGCUGUGCGUCAGAUACGAAACUGUCACAAGACGUUCAUAGCAGCGGAACUCAAAUGUAAACAGAAAACAGAGAUUAUAAAGGAACUUGAAGUUUUGGUUGAAAUAUUAUUAUUUACCACUAGGAUUUGUCGGUCGCUGAUUUUAAACAAAAAGCAAAAUUCAAGCACUUCUCUAAAGGAUCUUCCAGCCAUCACCAAAACAGACCUAGCAAACAAAUUGUUGGCGCUCGUAGAUAUUUACCAAAAGGCUUACCUGUUACGGAACAAACAUGGCGGACUCCUCAGUGCCUUACAGCUUCUUCAAAACUUCCUGCCCCAUCUGCUUCCCAAGGACGAAAAUUGAACGCAUCUCUAAAUACUGAAUUUAACUUAAAAUAAUCUAAACAAAAGAACCAUUCAAAACUAUACCUGGCUUCACAGAUGUACAUAUCAAGUUUAACCCUUGAUCAAAUUUUCUUUUCAGUAUAAAGCCAUUUUACCACGAAAUUUACAAUCUGAGGAAACCUUAGCAUUUUCGCCAUGAAAAGUAUAAUAUGAGGAAACCUCAGCCUAAAUUGCCAAGGACAAGGAUUCUUGAACAAAUUUUAAUGAUGGCUUAGUUUGAAAGGAAAGAAGUCAGAGAAAAAGGACUGAAUUGAAGUGCGAUUUCCAAACUGAGUUUGCAUUAUCCUUCAUAGGUGAAGAAAAUAAAAGUAUUACAUAAUUAUGUUCUAUUUGUUUUUCUUUGAAACUAUGC